AUGUUUGCCAGGUACAGUAAAGCACUACUAAAUCGAAUACCGGAAGGUUUUAAGCAAGCGCACCCCGAUAAAUUCGAUAAUGUAGUAGUUGCGAUGUCAUCUGGGGUGGAUUCGUCCGUGGCAGCCAGCAUAUUCAGCUCAUUCCCGAAUGCGACCGGUGUGUACAUGAGGAAUUGGUCGAGUGCAAACAACGAUAACGAGAACCCGAAACAUUGCGACGAACAGGACUGGAAGGACGCUUUCUCCGUUGCCCGUUAUUUGGGUAUCCCCAUAGAGUUAAUGAAUUUUGAGAAGGACUACUGGAUCGAUGUGUUUGAACCAAUGCUGAAUGGGUAUGCUGCUGGGGGGACUCCAAACCCAGAUAUUCUUUGCAACAGAUUCAUAAAAUUUGGGAAAUUGAGAGAAGCACUAGAUCUGAAGUACGGCACCGGGAACUAUUGGCUUGUCAUGGGUCACUACUCCAGAAUUUUGGAGCAGGUCAGGGACCACGAAUUUCAACUGUGGAGAGGGCUGCCCUCCGGUAAGGACCAGAGUUACUACCUGUCACAGUUGAAACCGGAGAUACUACCAAACGUGAUUUUACCCAUUGGCCAUUUCCUCAAAUCAGAAACAAGACAGUUUGCUCGAGAAUUGAACUUACCUGUAGCCGAUAAACCGGACUCACAGGGAAUCUGUUUUGUGAACAACAGCCAACAGGGCAAAUUCAAGAAUUUCUUACGGGAGUAUUUACCAAACGAGCCGGGAAACAUUAUUACAUUGGACCCAGCCACUGGAGAGAAGACCGUUUGGGGCCGCCACGACGGGCUCUGGUCGUACACAGUUGGACAGAAGAUUGGCAUACCGAUGCCCCAGGGGAAGGGUCACCACAAAGGUGCCUGGUUCGUCUCGCAGAAAUUCAAAGACACCAACGAAAUUGUCAUCGUUCCUGGAGGAGUGCACACCUCGCUGUACCGCGACUCACUCUCAAUAUCCGGAUUCAGACACCUUCUGCCGACAACUACUACCCCCGAACAGCUACUAAAGACGAUACAGGACGCCAUACGUAACUCGUCCCUGUACAUGCAGUAUAGGUCGCUGCAGGAACCAAUACCCGUGGUGUCCUGCAGCGUUGCAACUGACCCAUCUGCAACGCUGCUACCGUCCUUCCAGCUGACACUGGCGACACCACAGAGGGCCAUGGCCCAGGGACAGUACGGGUGUCUCUACAUAAACGACCGGGUGCUCGGCAGCGGCAGCAUCGAGUAG